AUCUCCUUCCUGCGGAGAGGAUUUCUCUCAGUAUCGUUCCAAGCGUUCAUCGCGAGGGACCUCGCGAAUUUCUAACAGCGUUCUCCGACGUAUGACGUGUAGCGCGAGGCGCGUCCGACCGAAUUAAAAGUUUCCACGUUUUCUUGGCGAAUAGAAAACAAACUAAUUUCAAACUAAUACUGCGAAAAGAUAUCGACGGUAAGCUCGUAAAAUUGCUUUUAUUUUUCACCGAUAGAAAAUAAUAUUUUUUUUACAUAUUAAUUCAAUUUUACGGAAAUUAAGAAUUGCGAUAUAUAUGCUAUGAAUAAUGAUAAAACAAUUUGUUGUUUAAAAUUUUUCGCGGUCGCGUAAGACAUUUUUAUUCUCAGUACGUUCUCGGAAGGCUUAUUGUGAAUAAAUCGCGCGCGAUAGUCACGUAGCGAUUGAUGAAUCGUUAACACACUCGCGACGGAGGGCCGCGCGUGAUGUUUUCUGAAUAUUAAGAAUUUUCAUGUAAUUAUCGGCGUGAGCGCGACAGGAAUUGAGAAUCGGGAGAAUUACGGUGUUUGUACUUGAAAAGACAUUCCUCCUCGAUAUACGUGCUCGCAAUCCUGAUGGACGAUAUGCAGCCGGUUCACAAUUUCGACAUUGUCUCGCACUCGCACGGUGCACGUCACUGAGCACAUUCCUGUCGACCCUUUUCCGCGUUUUCUCCAUUUUAUCUCGCACUUCUUCGAAUUUCGAUUACGCUCAAGUGUUUAAACUGCAUCGUCAUUGGUUGCAGAAUUUUAUCUGAGAUCAAAACUGUUUAUCGCGAGGUCUGUAAAUAUUCGUUAGAACGAUUAAUGUCGAUGUUACAUUCACGGAAACAGAUUUGUAGAAAAUAAUUUUUGUUCGCGAUAAGGUAGAACGCGACAUAAAGUACGACGUCUAGUUUUUUUUUUUUUUUCUAUAUCUACAGCAUCCAAAAUUAAAUUCGCUCUCGCAUCUGGUUUGAAUAAAAUGUUCGUGGCGUGCAGACGGACGAAAAAUCAUUCCAACUUUUCAUCUGAAGUGGCUUCCUCUCGGUAGCGUAUUCGCGAGUGCGCUGCGUAUUUCGAGACUUCACUGAUCUCUCUAUCGUGAGUUCGUUCACGUAAAGAGCACGCGCGCGAUAGAUCACUGCCUUUUUCGAUUUCUAUGCCGGCCGUGCGAGACCCCGGCGUGCCGUUCUAAACCGUCGAAUGUAUUUCACUCGGACCUUCUAUAACGGCGGACGUGCUUUCGCCCAAGAGCGGUGCAAAAGCCGCGCCUCGUGUUUUUCCUCUCCCGAGCGAUACGAUGCGCGGACGAUGUCGAUACCAGAAUCCCGGGCCGCCAGAAAGUAAAACGAUUCAAGAGAUUGCAGUGGUAACGGCAGCAGUGGCGGAGAGACAAGAGAGAGAGAGAGAGAGAGGGAAGAAUAGAUUUAACCAUUGCGUGAAAAGAGUCGAAUGCAAUGUCCAAAUGCUGCGGUCGCAUCGGUGGCUGCACGACGACGGAAGCGUAUCAGCCGUUGAAGACUCCAACCUAUUCGCACGACAUUAUCCACGAACCGUUCAGAAACGGAAGGGAGGUCCUCAGGAGUCCGAGGGAUCGUCGCAGGAAACCUAGCGUUCGCUACGAUGUCGUGAGGACUCUCGGAAACAAUAGCGAGCAGUCGACGCCACAUCGCCAUCUGCCUGGGACUCUGCGAGGUUCCCUGAGCCAUUCCCAUAAUCACCACCACAAUCAUCCCCACAGACAUGAACCACCAGCACCACUAUCACCGACGACGUAUCUUACACCCCCACCGCCACCACCAGCAUCGAGUUACAUCGCGGUGCAACGCGGUUGCGCUCUGCAUUCGAGGCUCGAUCAGCCGGUGACCAGCUCGACACCCGGGAUGGACAACAAAAAGAUUGUCCAGUCCACGCCGCCAGCCGUACCUGUCCAGGUGCGCAGCAAACACGAUGGCUCGGGGGUGGCGGCUUCAGUGUCGGGGGUGCGCAGACGGAGCGGCCCUCAAGGAGGGCUACGUUCGCCCGCCGCGAAGAGGCCCGUCUCCGCUCCCGUCGCACUUCAGGGUUGGCUGCAUAAACAGGGCUCGGAAGGUCUGAUGCUCUGGAAGAAACGAUGGUUCGUUCUCUCCGAGUACUGCCUCUUUUAUUACAAAGGUCCGGAAGAGGAGAAACUGCUAGGUUCUAUAUUACUACCCUCGUACAGAGUUACCGUCUGCAAACCCGAGGACAAAGUCAACAGGAAGUUCGCCUUCAAGGCCGAACACGCGAACAUGAGGACUUACCACUUCGCGGCUGACAGUCGCGAGAGUAUGAACCAGUGGAUGAAUGCUCUGACUUUGGCCACGCUUUUGCAAGAUCCCAACCCUGGCGCGGGCGAGGCCGCGAUGGUGAUAGAGAUAGCCGGGCAGCAGGACGGCGAGCGGAGCGCGCGACCCAGCGUCUCGUCGAUCUCGUCGAUCCUGAAUCAGAGCGCCGACGACAGCGACUCCGGCUUCCACGGCUUCCAGUCGCGCGACGAUCCCAGCCACGCCUCGAACAACAAUUCGAGCCCGAACAGCGCGAACACUGCCUCCUUCCCGAAUCUCAGCGGCAGCAACAGCAACGGCAACUCGGCCAACAACAAUCACGGGAGCGACUCGGGUCAUCCGAUGAUGAACGGCUGGGUGCAGCAGCCGUCGCAGUACGGCCAGCCCGGCACCUCGCAGCCGCAGCAGCAGCAGCAGCAGCAGCAACAGUACGGACACUUGCUGCCGUCGCAGCAGCUGCAGCCGGGCCACUCGCACCAGCACCAGGCGCUGCUUCACCAACAUCUCACGGCCGCGUCGCAUCAGAACGCGUUCCCGACGCAUCCGCACAAGCACAUGCUCCAGCAAUCGCCGCAGCAGCAGCAGCAGCAGCUCCCGCAUCCAGGCACCGGCGUGGUAGUUCAGACGGCGCAGCCGAUGUCGCGAAAGUUCGGGCAGCCGAUCUACGCGAACGCGCCGCCGAAGCCCAGAAGGCUGACGGACGGCUCGAACGAGUACUCGACCCCGUCGCCGGAUCCGGACUACCGCAAGAGCCCGGUCUCGCCGGACGUCACGGUGACGAGCAAGAGCCCGAUGUCGGACUACGAGCGGAGCAACACGAUCUACGGCGCGCGGAUCGGUCAGCCGUCGCAGCAGAGUCUGCGGACUGACAAGUCGGGCUUGAACUACGGCUACGGUCAGGCCGUUCAGCAGACGGAGAGGAGGACUCCGGACACGUACGGUCGCAGCGCGAAGCCGCGCAUCAGCGGCAGAGGCAACGGCGAUUACGAGGAGGUGUACGGCACCCCUCAGCUCUACCAGAGGCCGGCGGGGCCGGUGGGCUACACGAAGGGCGCCUCGCCGGCGCCCAUUCCCAUCCCCGUCUACACGCAGCAGCAGCAGCAGCAUCUCCAGCAACUGCACUCCCCCGUCACGCCGCUCAAUAUCCCGAUGGUAAGGCAAGCCAGAACGCAACCACCGCCGCGACCGCACAGCGCGGACUUUCUCGAAUACGAGGCAGCGAGGCGACCUCAGCAGCAACCCGCACAAUGUGAAAGACCCCCGGAUCAGCAAAGACACCCACAGAGGCCUAAAUCCAGCUUAGACAUAGUAAACCCGUCAGACACGACUAAUGACGGUUACUUUUACUCCGAAGAAAGAUACGCAGCGCAGAUGCGGCAGUCCGCGGUGUAUUUACAUCAGACGCCGCAGCAUUAUCAGCAACAGAGGAAUCAGUCCCUCUCGCGCGUCACGAUGCAGCAGAAACUGCCGGGUGUCCGUGAUAAAGCCGACGAAAGUAGAAUAUCCACUUUGCCGGAUUCCUCUUGUCCCGCUUUGCGACGCACGCAGCGGGAUCACGUUCAUCAGCAACACACUAUGCCCGCUCAGUCGCUGACGCAGAGACAUUCCGAGAUUAUGGGCGCCGAUCCGAAACUCCGAAGAUCGCUGCGCGAGAAGAGCUGCGAGGUAAACGGCCGCGAGUCGCUGACGCACGAAGACAACACGAUCCCUCGAAGAGUGCCGCGCAGCGAAUACGACGGGUGGGGACGAACGGGAGGUCACGGUACUCAUGGGACUCACAUCGCUCAGACGUGUCACGUUGGCCACGCAGGUGGCAGCGGCAGGCGAUGGAGCGAGCAGCAACAGUUCUACAGAUCGGCGUCGGCGCGGCUGCCGAGGACGCGACAUCCUGCCGCCCUUGAUCCUGAUGACGACGACUACGCCGAGAGAUCCUCCGAGCAAGAUUCGCGGGAUGGCGAACGCAAGAUUCAGCAGCGCGAAGAGUCGAUGAAGCGGUUACUAGAAUGGAAGCAGCGUAUGCUGCAGUCCCCGUUGACGCGAAAGCCAUCCGGUUCUGCGAAUCGGGGCAGGGCGCAGAACGAUCUUUCGAGUUACUACAAGCAACAGGCGCUGCUGGAUUUAGCGGCGCACGAGGCCGCCGUCGCGGAGGGUCGUCACUCACGUAGGCGGGAAGACGGGCAUCGUUCGCAUGUCAGGAGCAAAAGUUCGGACGGCCGUCGGACCGCCGUCAAUGUGCCACGCUACAACAGCUAUUCCAGCGAUGACGAAGAGCUGGGAGAUGUCCGGAGGAAGCGUACGCGCAGACCCUCGCAUGCAGGAAGGAGCCCCCGGCACACUGGCGACGAUCGGUCAUCGGCGGCGACGACGGCCGUCCAGGAUGGCGCAGUAACUGGCCGCGCGAGCGUUAAUCAGACCCCGCGCUCGCAAACGCUUAACGCUCGCAAAGCAAGCUCGGAGGGCGCGUACUAUUCGUCGGGCGGCAUACCGCCGGACGCGGGCUACGACGAGGUGAGCUUCCCGCCGCCGAUGAGAAACGACUAUGCGUACGCGUCGUCGUCGGCGGCGGCGGCGACGGCGGCGGCGGCGGCGGACAGACAAUCGUCGUCGAGGAGAUCGGAAGCCACCUUCGAGGAUCCCGCGAUCAAGCACAAGACCCCGAGGAAACCGCUCGGUAUCCUGAAGACGUCAACCGCUUACAGCUUCGAUCAGCAGCACGUCGACGGACAGCAAGCCGGCAGCAAAAUCGACGGCGGUAGAUCGGAUGGUUUGUGCGCUUACCGGACGAGCGAGUCCUGGCACGCUCAGAAGAACGUGCAGUGGGAUAACUCGAAGGACGAUAACGACGAAUGGGAUCCCGGCAUCGACGAGAGCAAAGUCGUCAAGGAAUUCUCUUAUCAGUAUAUUAAUCCUAAAAAGGUGGCGCAAUCGAGAGCGGAGGAUGAGAGCGAGAAACCGGAGACCAUGAAUCUGGUUCAGUGCAGAAUUAGAUCCUUCGAGAUGAACAUGGACGGCGCGAGUCCCGUGAAGGAGGUGUUAUCCAUGCAGGAACCAUUGAAGGUAUCGCCGCUCCAGUCGACGGAGGCUCACGUUUCAAAGCUCGACUGCGCGAACAAGACGUCGUCCGCAGUGAUACGCAGCUUCGCUUUGGGCUCCGAAUCGAGCGCCGCGGAGAGCAUUCUCAGGAACAAGAGCGUGGAGGAGGGACAUGCCAAGCAAGCUUCGACCGACAGCAACAAGUCGGUGAAGGAUCUGCUGGCGGAUUUCGAGCGCAAGUCGCAGCAGAUCAGCCGAAAGUGCGAGAAGCGGCAGCAGGAAUCGAAGCAUCACGCGGACUACGGCGGGAAUUACGGCGAAACGUCGCGGCAGUACGACGUCGGCGGUGAUUCGGAUCGUCGGAACGACGACAAGUUCGCGGACAAGCGAGACGACGCCGAUGUUGCGCAAUGCUUCCCUCCCGACGCUCUCUACGCGAGUUCCGCGCGGAUGCCGAGUUCCAACGAGUGUUCGGAGCUGAGCAAAGUGGGCGGUUCGAGGGACAGCUUGAGCGAGCGAUGCGCGCUGUCAUCCGACGAAUUGGACGUCAUCUCGAGCUCGAACUGCGCGAGGGCGAGUGUGACCGAGUCGUUGGUGACGCACAGCGAUCAAUUCUGCCUCGGCGAUCUGAAGCAGGACGAUGCGAGCAGCGAUAUUAACGAGGAUCACUACCUACCGAUGACGCCCAGGAAGGCCAUACUCGACCCGAACAGCGACGACAAGCCGAAUCCCACGAUAAUGGAGAGCCUGUUCGGCACCCUGGUGCACGAGGAGAGCUCGUACGUGGAGAUGGCGCAGAACGGGAUGAGCCACUCGCUUCUGGCGCCGAGCGAGAACGGCGGCAAGCACGAUUCCGGCGAUUACUCCACGCUGGACGCGUCGCACUACGAGUUCGUCUGCGUGUCGGACAGCAAGAUGGAGCCGGUGUACAUGGAGGUGAGCCAGCUGUCCGAGAAGGAAGACGAGGACGGCGGGAGCAAGACGUCCUCGUCGACGACGAAGAAGAAGAAGAAGAAGAGCAACGCGAGCGAAAGCUCGUCGCAUUCGAGAAGCGACCUGCCCGACAUUCUCACGGCGCUCAAGUCCGACAGCUCCGACGCCGACGACGAGUCCUCCAAGGAUCUGGACUCCAUAGACGCGCCGCGGCACCCGCGAUUCAGUCUGUCCGACACUUUCCGCCCGGCUUCCUAUUAUCUCGGCGCGAGCCGCAACAUGAUCGCGGAGCUGCACGACUCGUCGGACAGCGAGCUCGUCUCGCCGCCGCCGAUACCGACCUCGCCGCUGCCGCUCGACGAUCUCGACUCGCUGGACAUGCAGGAGUCGCUGGAGAUGAAGAAGGUCUCGCCGCAGGUGGCCACGGCGAAGGACGGCGCGUUGUCGAGCCGCGAUUCCCCGAAAUGUUGGAACAAACCGGCGGGUCAGGUGGAAACGCCGCACAGGCCGCCGUCGAGGUUCUCGGACGCGACCAUCAGUUCCACCUUCAGGGACAGCAGGAUAUCGCUGGAGAGCGCGUCCGGCAGCGACUCGAUCGAUCUGAGGAAUCUCGAGGCCGAGGAGGCGCGUCACAGACAACUGAAGAGGCGACCGGUCAGCGACGACGUUUGCGAGGUCCUCGACAGCCUGGACGAGCUGGAAUCGCUCGGGAGCCGCUUCGACGGCGCGAGCAUCGAUCUCGAUCGAUACCUGGAGGAGCUGCAGGCGAGAGACGCGUUCAACGUGGAUCUCUACAGGAAGGUGCCGAGCUACAACGGCAUUUACGGAUUCAACGAGAACAUGCUCGUGGUCGACAAGCUGCAGAAGACGACGUGCCAGGAUCUCUCGAGGAAGAUGAAAUUCGUGUCCAGCAAUCUCGACCGGCCGUUCGACUAUUCCGGCAGGAACAAGACCGGCUCGGCGAGCAGCCUGCCGUCCAUGAGAGUGUCGGAUCUGCCGCCGGCGCAUCAGCACUCGCAGUCCUUCACCGGCGACGCCCAUUACGAAAACGUGGCGAGCUUCUCGCCGCUUCGCGGAUCGCCGGCGGUCCGGCCGUCGGACGGCGAGCCGUCGCGCGACAGCGCGAUCCACAGGAUGCGCGGCGCGUCGCCGGCGGCCGCCUCGCACAGCCGCGACUCCAGCUACUCGAACGCGGCGUCCACCUCGACGUCGAUGGCCUGUCAGAGGCCGGCGAGCGCGCAGUCCUCGUCCUCGUUGAACCACGGCGGCGCGCUGGCGAGCCUGCUGCAGAACGCGUACCCCGACCAGAGAUUCCCCAAUCACUCGCGAUCCGCCAGUCACGACACGUGCGUGCGGCACGCUCUGCUGCCGCCGAGCCAUCGAUCCACCUCCAGCCAGGACUCGAGCCACUAUCCCGGCCCCGACUGCGGACCGCCAAGUCUUUUACAGCAGUCGUAUUUGCCGAACGUCAGCGACCAGCGCGGCCACGGCGAUCAGUCGGGCGCGCCCUAUUACUACUCCGACCUCCAGGCGAGUGUCAGCAGCGCGGACAUGGCGGAGUCGUCGGCGAAGCCGACGAUCGGCCAUACCUCGCGACUGCCGCAGCUGAAUAAUCAGAGGGACGACGCCGCGACCGGGUUGAACAAGCGAAACGACAUCGGUCGGAUCGUGAAUCCGAUCGCGCGGCAGCUGCCGCGACAGAUCCAGGUGGACGACAUAGACGAGGCUAGACGCAUCGCCGCGGAGCUGAGACGGACGACCUGUCAGCUGCUGGGCGACAACAAGGCCGCUCUCGUCGACAAGCGCAACUUUUACGAGGCCGACACGCUGCGCCGGGUCAAGUCCACCGAUCCGCUGCCGGACCUGUCGCUGCCCGAGGCCAGAAACUUGUAUCCUCACGGUCUGCGAGACAAGUCCGUUAAUCCGGGCAGCGUCGAUAGCGCCGAGCCGACGUUGCACGUCGCGCAAACGUCUCAUCGUCGCUCGAGGUCUUUGGAGGGAUUACUCGAUGACGUUGGUCUGCAGAAUUUAGUGGACCAGCGAAACCGGGCUAAUCGGGCGGCCGCGGCCGCGGCGUCAGCGGCGGCCGCGACGGCUUCGACCAGCCAGGUCGAGAUAACGUCGCGGAACAUGUCGUUAUCCGGCGAUCACGGUGUCACGGCCAAUAGCAGUUUCAACGCCGAGGACCCCUGGGAGCAGGACAGUCUGUGGCGCGAGAGUCUGAGAAGGGUGAGUCUGCGGAACGCCAGAUCCUUGGACAAUCUCGACAGUCCGCCGAGACCCGGCAGAUACGGCGACGCCAAGAUGACGCGCGGCAGGAUCACCCGCGGGGCGACCUACGUGAACGACAGCGUCGUUCUGCGGCGGGACAACUGCGCCGAGGAGCCGUUGUCCUGCGACCGCGAGCGACCGCGGGUCAAGCGUAGAACGAACAAGGAUCACCAGACGCGGGAGCAAUCGAUCGGCGACGUCGCCUACGAGAGCCUGUCGAUGCAACGAAUCGGCGCGGGCGGCUACGUGUGGGAUCCGCAGAGCGAAGCUUACCGCAAGCCCACCGCCGCAGACGCGAAUCAUUUUUUAGAGGACGGCAACCUUCCCCCGGCUCGCUCGAACCCGGACGCCCGUAUGUCCGCCACGUCGUUCGAGCUCGACCGAGAGAAGCUCCGCCAGUGGGACCUGUUGUCGAGCGCCUGCUUACUCCAGGAGCAGCAGCGCACCUCGAUGGCGGACUCGGGGCGAGGGUUGCCGGUCGCAGAGCAACCUGGAGACGCGCGCGAUCCAAGGCUCGCCGCCGUCGUCGCGGCGACGACGACGGCGACGACGACGACGGCGACGGCGAUAACGACGACGACGACGACGAUGACGGUGACAAUGUCGACGGCAACGACAACGACGACGACGACGACGUCGACGACGACGACGACGACGAUGGGCACGGCGAUCGGCAACGAGCGGAUAGACGUUAUCGUAAAGCCAAUCGAUACCGCGGAUGUACGCGAAGACCUGCCGACGAGGAUAUCGAAGCAGGAGCCGUGUAAACGGGUUGCAGCGUCCGGCUCGGGAUCCGUGAUAGGCAGGGAUCCGCUUCCGCCACGAGCCGUCAGCACGUCUCAUCUGCCUCAAAGAACGCUGACACAACCGCCGACGGCGGUGUCCACUCUUCCGUUACCGAGAAGCAGCAACGCCGGCAACGGCGGCGGCGGCGGCGGCCAUCGGCAGCAGCCGCUUCCGCUUCAUCGCUCGACUCCGCAGCAACCAGCCAUGAGGCAGCUGGAGGGCGAGUCCAACACAAACACCCAGAUGCUGAGGGCCGCCAGCAACGGCGACAUCGGCAAGUGCCCCGGCAUGAUCACCAGCAGCGAGAUGAGAGAUCUGAGGUUGGCGUCGCCAGGCGGUCACUCCACUCAGCGAUUGAUCAGCCCGAUCGGACACUUGCGGGUCGCCUCGUUAAACGACCAUCGCGUCUCCAGCCCCAGCGACAGCGAGAUACGCGUGCACAGUCCAAGCGAGAGAAAAAUGAUCAGCCCGAUCGGUAGGGAGGUCGAUCGCGGCGGCGGCACGACGACGACGGCGGGCCAGAGACAACAGCAGCGGACGCGCGCGGCGGAUUGCAGCGAGCUGCUGCACAAAAGGAGUAACGUCGGCUCCCAGAGAGCGGAUGGCGGCAGGCAGGUGAUGCAGGCGGGCGCCCACGGGCUGGUGCGCGUUUCCGCCGGCGAGCUCCUCGGCAGGACCCACGAGGAACUGGUGCUGCUGCUGAUCCAGCUGCGACGGCAGAACGCGACGGUCCUCAAGGCGAUGGAGACGUGCCACAUGGAGAUCGAGGCGCAGGCUAGACUGGCGGAGCUCGACACGCCGAGGCGGCUGGAGAAUCUUCAAAAACUCGAGGAACUCAAGAGACACCUAAUGGAUCUCGAGAAGCAGUACGAGAAGAGCAAGCCUCUCGUGAACCUCGUGGACAACAUGGUAAAGCUGGGCUCUCUGUAUAACCGUAACACUGCCAACGGGACCAGCAGCGUUUCCGGUUCUCGCUACGAUCUGAUGCACGAGAACGCGAGAGAUCAUCGCGACCGUUUGGAGUUUAACCAGAGGGUGCAGGAGCAGCGAUUGCUGGCUGAGGAGCGCAGAGAUUGGGACAGAUUGAGCCCCGAUCACGGCCAGUUACAGGCUAAAGUGCAGCAGCUUUACAAACUCGAUCGAUUGCUCCAGGAGGAAUCUGGCACGCUUCACAGUCUCCAGCAAGACAAGGAAAUACUCGAGAAGGCUCUGGGCGGGUUGCGGCACAAACUGCAAGGUAGCAGAAGCAAUUUGGCCGAAGCCGAGCGAUACCGGAAACAGCAACUCUUGUUGGAGCGCGAGCUGAGCCGAGUGAGGGUGCUGCUCGCUCAAAACUCGAAGGUAAAGCCGGUAUUCUUCCAGAAACUCGAGGAGACGGUGGCCGAAAACGCGAGGCUAGAGCAGGAUUUGGUGGUGCUGAGGCAGAAAGUGCAAGCAUCCAGAAGAUACGCCGGUAACAUAGUGAGGGACACUUCGAGCACGACCGCACCGCUGGAAGCGGAAUUGAGACGAGUGCAGCAACUUGUCGGCGAUCUGCAGAGACAAAGGAAGGAACUGAGCAUUCAAGUUCGCCAAUUGACGGAGAAAUCUCAUAGUUUGGUGCAGCAAAUUCGCCCGCAGCCUUCGCACACUCCGCAAGUGCACCACCCGAAGAAGCGCACGCAGAAUUCCUGGCUGGAGACCGACUUGGAUUCCGGAAUAACUCUGGACCACGGCCUCGACUCGCCGUCGAGUCCGUCUCUGUCCAUCUCGCCCCCGAACAAGCAGAACGACCUCUCCCACCAGCGAUAUGGCUCCCCUACGCAGUACAAGGAUUUAUCGCCGUUGAAUCGCCCGCAGAAUCAGUCAUCCUUUGUGCAGCCCUCGCAGAAUCACAUAUCGGCGCUGUCGCCGCAGCUGCGCGAGCAGAUUCAACAGCACCAAUUGAAGCAACAAUUAUUAAAGGAUCAAAUGCAGGGCAAGGGCGGCGCGAUUCAAGUGGCGCCUUUGUACGUCAAUACGGACUCUCGAGUAGCAGGUGAUUACAUCACCGACACGAGCAAGCAUAACGGAAGCGUAUUGAACGGCAUGCUGAAUUCCGCGCCGGAAUACAUUCCGCCGCCGCCGCCUCCUUUGAGCGAGGAGGCGUUGCUGCUGAACGACAAUUAUAGACAAAACGAAGACAACAAAUUCGCCGGAUUAAUGCACAGUCGCGAGAAGCAAGAAAUUAAGACGGUGCGCAUAGUGAAACGCGAGUCGGAGAGGCGGCAGAGGGACCGCGGCGACCGGACCGGUAACCUCGGAAUUCCGUUGACGAACGGCCUCCAAGCGCCAGGUGGCGCGAAGAGGCUGUGCGACGAGGACUUGGGAGGUUCCCAAAAAUUCGAGAAAGCUCAGCUGGGCAGAGUAGUGGAAGAAUCGCCGAUCAUUCAUGCCCAGAGCACGGUUCAACUGACCGAGCUGGAUGACGUGCAGUUCCAGAGGAGCAUGUCUCUGCCGCGCGGCUUCGGCGGACAAAAACAGCAUUCCGCGAUGCACUACGGACCCGUGGUGCCGCCACCGCGAAGCGACAGCAUGCACGCUCUGAAGAGUAUGAUAGCGCGACGACAUAAAAUCAGGUUUGAAAGUCACGACGGCAGCUCCGAUAGCACUUUGUCGCCGUACGCGGACAGUACGACGUCCAGCUCUCACGUGCCGUUGAGCUCGCCCAACUACUCCACCGCCUCGUCGUACAGCCCGAGUCAGAAUCAGAAUUAUCCGACACAAUUAGCGACAAUGGCUGUCGCGCAGCCUCACUAUCACAGCCACGCGCUCGGAUACAGGCAGUACGACAAAGUCCUCGUGAGCGCGAUGAGCCCCGAAUUAACGUCGUCGGCCAGCGUCGUCGGCGUUCACGAGAAACCGACCGCCCCGGCGGCGGCGGCGCCCGCAAAUCCGUCCGAGUCGCCGCAAUUGUCGCCGGUGUUCAAGAGCGAGGCCGCCAAACAGAUCAUCAAAGAGAUGACGGAGAAGAGAGUGGAGGGGCCGAGGCGAAGGCAGAUUCCGCGGGAGAAGAGGCGGCACUACACCGUGUCUAGUAGUAAACCGGUGCUCGACUUGGAAGACACUUUUUCGAAGAUGGGCAUGGGCAGAGCCAGGGACGAUCUCGACAUGGAGAGAGCACUCAGACCCAGAAUAAACGCCCCCGAUGUGGUACGGUCAACUUUGAGCCACAAAGAGUUGAAGUAUAAUGAGAGUACCAUCGACCAGCUGUUAGGUACGCCCAACAAAAUUGUCAUCCCCGAGAGAUAUAUUCCUGAACAGACGCCGGAACUCACGGCGGAAGAACAAGAGCAACGCUUGAAGAAAGCAGAAGCGAUUAGGAAGAUGCUGUCGGAAACAACCGUGACUGCGCCAGAAGGAGGUGACGACGAUUCUAACAUAGAAAAAUCAGACACUUUGAAGCGAAAAGUGGUGGAAGAAAAGCGGCAGAGGGAACACAUUCUUCAGCUUAAUCAAAUAUUGGCUAAGCAAGUGAUGGAGAAAAGUAAAAUGGUGGCGGUGAAAGCCCUGGCAACACUCCCUUUGAAAACUGAAUCGAGCUUAGAUGACGAGGACCUCUCGCCCGUGGCUCCUUUACCGCUUUACCAGCAAAGAGAAAAUUUCUACUCGUAAGCUAUCAUCUUCAAGAGCACAAAUAACACUACUGCCAACACGAAGAAAAGAAGAAGAAAGAAAGAGAACACGGAGAAACUUUUUUCCAGUGCUUAAAAGGCGCGCGGAAAUUCCAGUGCAGUAUACUGAAAAAGUGCGUUCUAUUCGCGUCGAUUGUACAUAAUUAUCGACUAAAUAACAUGAUAAUAAAAAUAGCUGUCAUGUUUGUUAACGAUAAAAACUCGUAAUGCAACAUUAAUUGAAGCGCAGACGGUGACUGCGUGACUUACAGAAAGAAUUAUCAGCGUGUUAUCAGACCGCGAGAGCGAGUACGCGUGUCGUUUUCCUCAGCUAAAUGAUAAAUUUAGCAAUAUCGUGAUUUAUUGUCGCUUUUUACCGACAUUGACACUCAGCGUUGCACAAGCGAUAUUUGCUGGAACGAAUUUAACACAUUUUCCGGACGAUGUAUCCGACUCUAUGUGAGAAACCUUUUAUCACGUCUCUUCGUAAUCGAACAUUCUUUUUCGAAAAUUUUAAGAUUGAUACGUAUUUAUAACUAUAAGAGAUAUACUCCCCCGACUGAGAAUCUGAUUUGGAUGUUGUUGUGUAUGUUUUACGUACAAUCAUUUUCACGAUGCGAACUUUUAUAUUAAACCGAAACAAAAUUGCGUACCAUCACCGAAGUCUGAACGAAACGGUAUCCUUAAAUUCAACGGCGCAGCAGGCUCAACACUUUAGCGACCGACUCAAUUAUGCAGAUAAAUCGAAAAGAAAAAAAAAGUAUACACACAUUUAUUAGAAUGUUAAGCGCGCUAAAAUAUUGAGCCUGCUGGAUUUUAUUCGCCGAACUCGAUGGUGAAAAGAUAAUGGCGUUGAUGGCGAGCGCAUAAAUUAUCAUGUAAAUUAGAUCGUAAGGAAGGUAUGACGCAUACGCUUCUGAAGCGCCCGUUAUUAUUAGCAUUAUAUACAUACAUACAAUUUUUCACGGGCCAUUAUAGUGUGGCGUUUAAUGUUUAGAGCAGUUGUAACAGUCGUAAAGAAAGAGUGCCAAAAUUCCUGUCACGAUGACAAGCGACAACGAGCGAUUGAGUAACCGUCAAUUAAAGAAUCGCUACUGAUAUCAAUAAAGCGAGUGAAUGUCGCAUAUGAUGCGAUCGAGCAUUUAAUAUAAGUAAAAAAAGAAUCAUCUGAUCGUACAGGAUUAAUAGUUCGCGGUUUCACUCUCUUACUUCCGUGUUACGCCCGUGCAAAUUAGCUAACCUUUAAUUUAAUCGAGUUUUACCAAUAACGCUCUCUCAUCAGUGAAGUUUGAUUGAAUCAAGUCGUCGAGAUUAUUAUUUCAUUCAUCGCUUCUUGACACAGAGCAACUUUGGGAACAACAAAGUUCUAAAUAACUUUAAAAAUUUCAAGAUGGUGUUUAGCUAACGCGCGCGUUUCAGUUUAUUUAUAGACAUUAAAUUCGAGUUAUUGAAAUCUUGGAAAGAAAAUGAUUUUCCAGCUAUCAAGAUCAACAAUAACAAUCGUAAAACAAUUUUUACAAUUAAGGGCUCAAGAAGUGUAUAAUUUCAUAGAAAUUAUAGACUUACCGAACAACUAUGAAAGUCGAUCGAGUAUCGAUCCGUGAAACUUAAUCUCAAGCUGAAGGGAUGAUAUUCCGACAUCUUUAUGCAUUAUUCGUCUCCGGCACACAACACACACACACACGAACCACCGAGUUUCUUAGCGAUAAGUUUUUAUAAUGAUAAUCCACGCGCGCGAUACUUUUGUCACUGUAUACUAUGUACUUAUGUUAUGCGCAUUUAUUGUAUAUAAUCGCGCACGAUACAAACCGAUAAAACUCGAUGAAAUACGGUUCUCUUUUAUAAACCCGGCGUUCCUUGCAAAAGUCCGCCAUAACUGAUAGCUUCGAGAAUCGCAGGCGCGCGCUAUCGAUAUUAAUCGAAUCGUAUUCGAUUUAAUGCAAUCGAUCGUCGCCGAUUUUGAACGAAUAAUCCCGAAUCGUUCCGUAGAUUCCUGCGAGGGAUAUUGAAAAUAAUAAUAGGAAAACGCGAAACAUUACACGAAUUAUUACACGAGAACGAGAACUGUUAUUGUUAUAUUAAUGAAAUAAAAAUCGUAUGGCGAGCAA